AUGACAGCCCAGAAUGCAUCUGGUUCCAGCAAAUAUCUUGGUCCUGAGUGGCAGGAGUCUGAGUCUCCUGGCGUUAAAGAGGAAGUCGAGCACCCGCAAAUGAAACAGGAAGAGCCAGAACUCCCUGAACAGCAAAAGAGAGAAGUGCAACUUCCAAUCAAAAAGGAGGAUGUAGAGCUACCAUACGUAAAAGAGGAGGACGAUAUCGCCAUGUCGACCGGUGAGCCCUUAAAGUGUGAAGAUGGUCCGAGUGAGGCCAGCAGAGGGACGGAGCCUCCAAGUGGCAGCAGCAGCUCAAAAGAAGGAUUGCAAGCACACAUUUUCAUGGCACCCUCUGAUAGAAUCGAACACACGAGAACUCACACUGGUAGAAAACCUUUUUCCUGCUCAGUUUGUGGCCAAAAAUUCAGUCAGAAGAGCAACUUAAUUCGACACACAAGAACCCACACUGGCGAAAAACCAUUUACCUGUUCAGUUUGUGGUCACAGUUUCACUGAAAAGAAAAGCUUACAAACACACACAAGAAUCCACACUGGUGAAAAACCUUUUGUCUGCACAAUAUGUGGUCAAAAGUUCACUUGGAAGAGCAGCUUUAACACGCACACAAAAACCCACACUGGCGAAAAACCUUUUUCCUGCUCAGUUUGUGGUCAAAGAUUCUGUCACCAGAGCACACUAAACGCACACAAAAGAAUUCGCACUGGUGAAAAACCUUUUUCCUGCUCAGUUUGUGGUGAAGGUUUCACUUCCCACAUAAGCUUACAAAGACACACAAGAAUCCACACUGUACACACAAGAACCCACACUGGUGAAAAACCAUUUUCCUGCUCAGUUUGUGGUCAAGGUUUUGCACGAAAUGGACACUUAAUCGAACACAUGAGAAUCCACACUGGCGAAAAACCUUUUGUGUGCACAGUUUGCGGUCAAAAAUUCACUUGGAAGAGCAGCUUAAACCUACACACAAGAACCCACACUGGCGAAAAACCUUUUUCCUGCUCAGUGUGUGGUAAAAGUUUCACUCAGAUGAGUGCCUUAAAAAUACACACAAGAACCCAUACUGGUGAAAAACCUUUUUCCUGCUCAGUCUGUGGUAAGGUAUUCACUUCAAAGGAACACUUGAAAUCACACACAAGAACCCACAAUGGUGAAAAACCUUAUUCCUGCUUAGUUUGUGGUCAAGGAUUUACUCAAAAAUCUAAAUGUCACCCAAGCCCAUCGUCCUGA